CAACGAUCAUUCAAGCAACAUGUUAGCAUUAACAGCAACCACUGGAAAGAUUGGAGGGGCAACCCUUGAUGCUAUCCUAAGAUACGAAUUACUGGACAAGAAAGAUUUUAUAGUCUUGACAAGCUCAUCCGACGAACAUCCUCGUGUGAAGGAGAUGAAGGAAAGGGGCAUUUCGGUCAAGAGUGACUGCAAUUACGGCGACACAGAUAGCAUGGCAAAUGCACUUAAAGGAUGUGAUUCUUUGUUCCUCGUUUCUACACCGGAGAUUCAACUUGAUUUCAACAAUGCUCCGAACGGCAAAGGAAGAGAGUCACGUCAUUAUAGUGCAAUCGAUGCAGCCAUUUCAGCAGUGGUUCAACAUAUCUAUUAUACCUCCCUUGCAUUCAAGGAUGGCUCAAAAGCAGGCGUUAUGAGAGCACAUUUCCGUACAGAAGCAUACUUGAAGGAAAAACAGCGACAGAACCAAUUACGAUCUUAUACAGCCAUUCGUGAAGGACUAUACAGUGAAAGUUGGCCAUUGUACCUUGGACAUUAUUCUCUAAGCGGGAAAGAGACAAGGAAAGAGAUCGUCGUCGCAGGAGAUGGACAGAUUUCAUGGACGAGUAUUUCUGAUCUGGGCCUGGCAAAUGCUAUGAUCAUCACAUCACCAAACGAUGCACGAUUCAACAAUUCGGUUAUUCAUCUUUCUAAUACAGCAACUCUCACUUUGAAAGAUCUAGCUAGCAAAGUAGACAAGACGCUAUCGAUUCGCUCAGAGUCAGAGUAUAUUGAGCACUACGAAAAGGAACACGAAAUGCAAGCACCUUUUCUGGAAUGGUGGGCGAGCACGUACCCUAGUGUGCAAGAAGGGCAUUGCGAUAUACAAGAUCCGUUAUUGACAGAGUUACUUGCCAAGCAUGGCCGUCAACCAGAAAGCUUUGACUCAAUCCUGAACACAAUGGUGCAAAAAUGAUGUAGGGAAAAAAUAAGAUUCCAUUACGAUACUACGGGAAGAUUCUCUUUGUGAUAGAGGUUUCUGAUUCGUUACUGUGAUCAUAGUUGGAUUUUUUUCGUUAUGCCACUUUGUACAAUGUCAAAGCAUAGCCACCACCGCAAGUUUCGGUAUCAUCGCCUGCACAAGCCAUAUUACAGUUUGAAGCGGUGUUCUUAUUCUUUGGUGAAG